CGCCUGUCCUAUCCGAGCCUCCGUAGAGCGCUCCGUUGUCAGUGGAAAGCGGAGCCCGAUGCACGUACUGAUGGGGGAGACAGGAAGCCUUUGUUAUCUUUAAAGCUGAGACAAGAAAGCCAUGCAUCAUGGUAACGGGCCCCCAAACACUACACGGCAGCUUCAGCGGUCCAGGUCCUUCACUGGCAAUGAAGGAGAAGAAUCUUCAAUGCAAACAAAUUUGCCCCAGUCUCCUGCACCAUCAUUUGCUCCACCAGUCAGUUCACCUGGACCCCAAUCCCCUGGUUAUCAGAUACAGCAGUUAAUAAUGAGCCGGAAUCCAGUUGCUGGUCAGAAUGUGAACAUUACUCUACAGAAUGUGGGGCAAGUGGUUGCUGGAAACCAGCAGAUAACACUGACUCCACUGCCUAUCCCUAAUCCAGCCUCUCCUGGGUUCCAGUUCAGUUCCCAACAAAGGAGAUUUGAACACAGUUCUCCAUCCUAUAUUCAGGUCACAUCCCCAAUGUCUCAACAGGUACAAACACAAAGUCCCACGCAACCUAAUGCCGUGCCCAUCCAAGCAUUACAAGGCGUCAGAACAGCAACUGCUGGAGCUAGUUUGGGAAUGUGCAGCCAGAGUCCCACGCGUGGUUUUGUGGAUGCUAGUGUGCUUGUGAGACAGAUCAGCUUGAGCCCUUCAAAUGGUAGUCAUUUUGUUUUUCAAGAGGGAUCUGGUCUUACACAGAUAACACAGGGAGCCACAGCUCAGGUACAACUUCCAUCUGGGGUGGCACAAGCCAGCAUGCGGGAACGUAGACUGUCACAACCCCAUUCUCAAACUGGAGGAACCAUUCAUCACCUUGGACCUCAGAGUCCUGUGGCAAGUGGAGCAAAUAUGCAGACUUUGACCACACCAAGCCACAUAACCACAACCAAUCUACCGCCACAGAUAAGCAGUAUUAUACAAGGCCAGCUCAUUCAGCAGCAGCAGGUUCUCCACAGCCAGCAGCUGGGUAGGACUAUUAGUUUUGAUAGAACUUCUGGAGGAAUGAUAGCAGGAGUAGCAGGGGCUACAUCCUUUGGCAUAACAACUCCACCAACACCAACAAGUCCAUCACGAAUUUCUGGUCCCCAGGGACUCUCUAGUCUUCCUCUUACUCCAACAGUAAACACUGUUAAGAAACAAAGUAAGAAACUUGAGGAGAUCCCACCAGCAACUGCUGAAGAUGCCCAGAUGAGGAAACAGUGCUUGGAGCAUCAUCAUAAAAGUAUGAAAACAAUGAAGGAAAACUUCAAAGAUUAUCUCAUUGAGUUGUUUUUCCUACAACACUUUCAAGGAAACAUAAUGGAUUUUCUGGCUUUCAAGAAGAAACCCUCUAUGGGUCUCCACGGUUACCUUAGACAAAACGACUUAGAUCUAGAAGAGGAAGAUGAAGAAGAACAAUCUGAGGUUAUUAAUGAUGAGCCAUCUCUGACAGGGAGCGGAGCAGUAGGAACAGCCAAUGCAAUAGAUAUCGAGGCCUUUAAACGACAGCAAGCCCUCACACAAGCAGUUUUUUUCAUCACUGCAGACCCCAGCAAGAGAGCACGCCUGGAUGUAACACGUCAUGGAAUGGUGUACCAGCAUCCAGGGGUGGCAUCUGGGGUACCCCUACAGCAACUUAUGCCCACUGCACAAGGGGGAAUGCCUCCUACUCCUCAGACUGUGCAGCUGACAGGGCAGAAGCAGAACCAACAACAAUACGAUCCCUCCAAGGGACCCCCUGUGCAGAAUGCUGCCAGCUUACACACCCCUCCUCCUCAGUUACCUGGCAGGGUGCAGACUCCCAAUAUUCCCAUAUCUUCCCUUCCCACUGCCCUGCACCUGGCACAACAGCAACAACAAAUCGCAGAAGGUCAAAUCCAGGUACAGGUUAAAACCCAGGCUCCAGGGGUUCCGACUCAGGCAUCUACCCAGAACCAGUUGCCAUCACAGAUCUCCCAGUCCCUGCAGCCAGCAUUUCAUGCUCAGAUGCCAAAAACUGUAUCACAGGCACAGGGCGCAGUUCAACAGACUGUCACCCUGAUGAGGCCAGCUACAGAGUCUCCUCAACAACGUCUCACCAACAGCAGUGCACAGCAAAGCGCUUUUGUGGCUCCUGCUGCCAUCUCUACCAAUAACUCCAUUGCGUCCUUCUCGCUGUCAACAAACAGAAGUAACCAAACUUCAAAUAAAGCCACCAUUUCCAAAGCCUCUGCAGGACCAGUUGGCAUUAAAAUCCAGGCUUCUUCUCAGAGUACGGCUGGAGCAACUCCAGACAAUGCACAAGACAGACUGAUGGAACAGGAAAACAUUGUACAUCAGCGCAUUGCAGAUCUUCGUAAAGAAGGUUUAUGGUCUUUGAGGAGGCUUCCAAAACUGCAAGAACUGUCCAGACCCAAAUCUCACUGGGAUUACUUGUUAGAGGAGAUGCAAUGGAUGGCUGCAGACUUUGCUCAAGAAAGGAUGUGGAAGAUGGCUUGUGCAAAGAAGUUGGUGAGAACUGCUGCCCGUUAUCAUGAAGAAAAGAGAGUGAACUAUGAGCGAGCCCAGAAAGAAGAGGAGAACAAACUGAAGAGGAUUGCUGCUACAAUUGCUAGAGAGAUUGAGUUUUUCUGGUCCAACAUUGAACAAGUUGUGGAAAUUAAAUUACAAAUGGAGUUUCAAGAAAAAAGGAGGAAAGCGCUAAAUCUAAAUAUGGACUCCAUGAAAGGCCCACUUAAAGCAAUCGAAGAAGCUUGUGUGAAGCACAAACAUGGAAGCAAUAAAAUUUCACCAACUUGGAGAAAACGAAAAGCAAGUGCCUCUUGGAGUGAUGGGGAAGGUGAAGAUGAGGAGACCACCGCAGAGCAGGAAACCAAAGAUGGGAACAUUGACCACCAAGCUGAACUCACAGAAUUACUGCGGGAAGAUGUGAAAGAGCUAAGUGGAGAUUCAGAAGUGCCGCAGAAACAUACUAUCCUCAUUGACUCAUUACUAGAUACAGCCCAGUUUAGAACGGCUGACAGGACAAGUCCAGCACAUUUGAGCUCCAGAAAACACACCAGAGAUAUUGGAGAUGUGGCCAGGGCAGCAGAGCUACUUCUCCCUAGUGGAAGCGCACGGAUUACAUGUGCAGUGAAGCCACAACUUUCUCAUCUGUUUCAUGGCACUCUACGAGAGUACCAACAAGUGGGCCUAGACUGGAUGGAGAAGCAGUACAAGAAGAAUCUUAAUGGCAUUCUGGCUGAUGAGUCCGGGCUAGGCAAAAAUGUUCAAGUUAUUGCCCUCAUGGCGCAUAUAGCCAGUAAUGAAGGUAACUGGGGUCCGCACCUGUUUGUGGUGAGAAGCUGUAAAAUUCUGAAGUGGGAGCUGGAAUUCAAAAGAUGGUGCCCAGGUUUAAAGCUGCUUUUAUAUUUUGGCAAACAAAGAGAGCUAAGAAAAAAGAGACAGAGAUGGGAUGAGCCCAACAACUUCCAUGUCUGCAUCACCUCUUACAAGCAGCUGUUCAAGGGACUUCAGGCUUUCAUGAAGAUGAGAUGGAAAUACCUUGUCUUGGAUGAAGUCCAUCAGAUCCGCAAUCUGAAUGAGAAACACUGGGAUGCUAUCUUUAAUCUGCCAAGCCAGAACCGACUGCUUUUAAGGGACACCCCUCUGCAAAAUACAUGGAUAGAUCACUGGACUAUGGUCCAUUUUUUAAUCCCUGGAAUAUCCAAGUCUUAUCUCGAUUUCCCACUAAGAACCAGUGGAGAAGAAAGCCAGGAGAAUUACCACAAGCUUUUCAUCAUGUUGCAUAAGACUGUACGACCUUUUAUAUUACGAAGAUGCAAAAAAGAUGUUGAGAAGCAACUAACGAAAAAAUAUGAGCAUGUUCUCAAGUGUCGUCUUUCCAACCGCCAGAAAGCGUUAUAUGAGGAUGUCAUUCUACAACCAGGAACUCAGGAUUCCCUGAAGGGAGGACAUUUUGUCAGUGUUCUUCAUGUCUUGAUGCAGUUACAAAGGAUCUGUAACCAUCCAGAUUUGGUGGAUCCUCGGUCUGGACAUUUCUCUUAUGCAUUUGAACCUCUGAAUUAUGAGACGUCAUCACUUGUAUUACAAGCAUUAGAAAAUGGUCCCUGGAAGAAGCCAGAUCUCUCUCUGUUUGAUCUUCUGGGACUUGAAACUAAAAUGACACAUUAUGAGGCCCAGGUGCUGCCUGUCCUAAAGGUGACUAGAAGACUAAUGGAGGAAAUUUACAACUCUCCUGACUCUACGCCUCAACCCAACCCAGUGAAGAUUAAAGCGAACAGGUUGUUUCAACCAGUUCUUUAUGGUCAAAAACCAGAAGGGAGAACUGUGGCUUUCUCCAACACGCCAGCAUCUCGACUAGUUACCACAACCACUGCCACAGUAACUCAGCAGGGCCAGGCACGAGGACGAUCCCUAGUUACAACAGCCUCAGCAAAUCAAGGUGGUGAAGUGGUGAAAAUCGCUCAGCUGGCUUCUUCUGGUGCAGCUCAAGGAAGAAUAGCACAGCCCAAAACCCCAGUUACCCUGCAGUUCCAAGGAAACACAUUCACGCUGUCCCAGAGCCAACUGCGCCAGCUGACUGCUGGACAACCGCUGCAACUGCAAGGGAGCGUUCUGCAGAUUGUUUCGGCUCCGGGACAGCAGUAUCUUCGACCUCCUGGGCCUGUAGUAAUGCAGACAGUGGCUCAAGGGACCGCAAUUCAAAAUGCAAUAAAUGCUUUGGGAAACCAGCACUCUGCCAACGUACCCUCUUUGGCUCCUCAAACAGGAAUUCAGGGAAGAAGUAUCAUGCCUUAUCCUGGUGGUGGCGAUCCUUCAUCUUCUCUCAAAACCUCCCAGAGUUCAGUUACCCCAGCACAGGAUUUGGCCGAAGAAAAGCAGCGCAUAUUAAGAGAUCACCUGGAACGACUGUUUGCCUGUAAUGAACGGCGCUGUGCACAGGCUCCCAUUUAUGGGAGUGACCUCUUAUCCCUUUGUCAAAUGCAGUCUCCUAGAUUUCAUCCACCUGGGAAAGAAACACAGUGGGGCUGGAUAGGAUCUGUGAACUGUCUUCUAUCUAGGGACCCUCUGAGGAAACUCAUUCUAUCCACAGAGCAGCAGAAGGCAAUGCUGGAACCCCUUGCAAGAAGUGCAUUGUGUGUGGUGCCUGCCGUUGUUGCACCACCUCCAGUUUUGACAGUACCACAUCCUCCACCAUUAUAUAUUCACAACAUGAAGAUGUUAAGUCACAGUUUGAAGGAGCAAGCAGCACCGUACUUGCAGUGCUUGCGAGAACGAACAUCUCCUAAUUGUGUGCAGACGCCUGACUUGCGGCUCAUCCAGUGUGAUUCAGGAAAGCUUGAAGCAUUGUCCAUACUUCUCCAAAAGUUGAAGUCUGAGGGUCGACGUGUUUUGAUCUUCUCUCAGAUGCUGCUAAUGCUAGACAUCUUGGAGACCUUUCUGGAUAUCAACCAUUUCACGUUCUUGAGGAUCGAUGAGUUUGCAAACUAUGAACAGUGUCAUGAUCUGAUGAGGAGCUUUAACCAGGACCCCCGGAUUUUCUGCAUUUUGAUAUCAACCCAAAGCCGAUCACUUGGAGUUCCCUACGUGGAAGCAGACACAGCAAUUUUUUAUGACAGUGAUUUAAAUCCAGUGAUGGACUCUAGAGCUCAGUCAUGGUGUGAUCAGAUUGGAAGGACCAAAGAUAUCCACAUAUAUAGGCUCAUAAGUGGAAAUUCAGUUGAAGAGAAGCUGCUGAAGAAUGGCACCAAGGAUUUGAUUCGAGAAGUUGCAGCUCAGGGAAAUGACUUUUCUAUGGCUUUUCUGACUCAGCAAACCAUUCAUGAGCUAUUUGAGCUUUAUUCCCCUCUGGAAGACUCAGGAUUUGGAGUAAAGGCAGAAGAAUUUGUAAUGCUAUCUCAGGAGCCACCUCCAGCAGAGACAAUAGCUACAAAAUUUGCCAAACCAUUUAUAGAGGCUUUGAAGAGUAUUGAACAUGGACCUGAAAUAGAUAUGGAGUUAUCUGGGCCUGAGACAAAAGACAUUAAGGUGACAGAAAUGGAAAACAAUGCUGAGGAGACCUCCGAAUUGAAGGAGCUGGCUGCAGUGGUGGAGCAGCUCACCCCCAUUGAGAAGUACGCCUUGAACUACCUUGAGGAAUUCUAUACAUCAAGCUCUACAGAAAAGCCAGAGAAAACAGAGAAUGAUGUAAACAUGGCCAAGAAGUCAUGGGAAGUGCAGAAGUUAAAAGAAGACAAGGAAUGGGAGGAGAAAAUGGCCUGGGAAGAAGCAGAUGAAGAACUAUUGACCUACACAAGAGAAGAUGCUUAUAAUAAGGAAUUUAUCUAUGACAAUCCAGAGGGACAGACAGAGGUAAUGCCAAUCUGGACACCUCCUACUCCCCCGCAAGACGAGAAUGACAUUUAUAUUGAUUCUGUGAUGUGUCUGAUGUAUGAUACCAACCCCAUCCCAGAAUCCAAACUGCCCCCUGUGUAUGUGAGAAAGGAGCACAAGAGACACAAGACAGAUCCUGCAGCUGCAGGUCGAAAGAAGAAACAAAGGCAUGGAGAAUCAGUGGUUCCUCCUCGUUCUCUGUUUGAUAGAGCAACCCCCGGCAUGCUGAAAGUGAAGAGAGAAGGCAAAGAACAAAAGAAGAACAUCCUUCUCAAACAGCAAACGCAGUUUGCCAAACCACUGCCAACUCUGGUUAAAUCAGCAACUGAAACAGGGCCCGAAAAUCCCGAGUGGCUGAUCAGCGAAGACUGGGCCUUGCUGCAGGCUGUUAAACAUCUUUUGGAGCUACCCCUAAAUUUAACAGUGGUAUCACCAGCUCACACCCCAAACUGGGAUCUAGUCAGUGAUGUGGUGAACUCAUGCAGCAGAAUCUAUCGAUCCUCUAAACAGUGCCGCAGUCGGUAUGAAAAUGUCAUCAUCCCAAGAGAAGAAGGGAAGCUCAUGUUUGAAGCUAACCCUAAGAAGAAAACCAAGAGUAUAUACAAGACAAAGAACAGUCGCCCUCUUCGGACAAGUCAGAUCUAUGCCCAGGAUGAAGGUGUGACGCACACACAGCUGUACACCAACCGCUUUGAGCUCAUGAAAAUGACAGCAGGAAAGAGAAGCCCCCCCAUUAAGCCGCUCUUGGGAAUGAACCCAUUUCAGAAAAAUCCAAAGCAUGCUUCUGUACUUGCCGAAAGUGGAAUAAACUAUGAUAAACCUCUGCCGCCUAUUCAAGUGGCCUCUCUCCGUGCUGAACGCAUUGCCAAGGAAAAAAAGGCAUUAGUAGAGCAGCACCACAGGGCCCAACAGCAGGCUGGUCCUCAGGCUCCACAACAGCCACUACAAAAUGGGCAACAAUCAUCAACCCCGGCUGUCCAACCUGUCCAGGCUCAGUCGCAACAAGUGGUUCAGCAACAGGUCGUUCAACAGCCACAAGCAGUCGUUGCUAGCCCAUCUGUUACAAAUGUACCAACCACUGCAGUCCUGGCUGGAACCAUAAAGACGGCAGUGACAGGAGCAAGUAUACAAGCUGCUGCUGUUAGUGGGAAUGUCAUUGUAAAUACUGUUGCGGGUGUCCCUUCUGCCACCUUCCAACCUAUCAAUAAGAGACUGGCAUCUCCUGUUAUCCCCGGAACACUAACCGCUCCUGGUGGGGCAGCACAAGUAGUCCACGCCCAGCAAAGAGCGGUAGCCACUUCAGCGUCAUCUGCCGAGAUGGUCACUAUAGCCACCAAUCAGGGUGUUCGAGCCGUAACCCCAGUGACUGGUGGAACUGUGGUGUGCAGCAGUCUCACUCCUGUCCAGACACAGGCCAGGUCAAUAGUUACUCAGGUGACAACAGCCACAACUGCUGGGGUUCAGCUUGCCAGCAAAGCCAUCAGUCCAGCCCAGUUCCAGCUUCUUCGACAACAGCAGGCUGCCCAAGUACAGGUUCCCCAGAUCCAGGCUCAGGCACAGUCCCCUGGGCAAAUAAAAGCUGUAGGCAAAUUAUCACAGGAACAACUACUGAAAUUGCAAAAGCAGAAAAUGCAGCUUCCACAACAGACAACUCAGGCGGUAGCUCAACAACAACAGCAGCAACCGCCUGCACAAGGAGCCCCACAGACAGCGCCUGCGCAGGGGCAGCAGCAACAACAGCCAGCACCACCACAGCAACAGGCUCAGCAGCUCACUGCAGUCACUGCACCUAGAGCUGGAGCCGUUCUCGCAGGGGCGGUUACUAAUCUACAUGUGGCUCGUCUGCUUCAGGCCCAGGGGCAAAUCCAGGCCCAACCAGGACAAACUGCACAAGUGGCACUAGCAAAGCCUCCAGUGGUGUCUGCCGUGGUGUCAUCCACAGGAGUGACCACGCUCCCUGUCACAGUGGCAGGAAUCAGUGUUGCUAUUGGCCAACCUCAGAAAGCUGCAGGUGGACAGACUGUGGUUGCUCAGCCUUUGAAUGUACAGCAGCUCUUGAAACUAAAGCAGCAACAACAACAACAAAAAGCCUUGCAGUCUCCGGGACAGGCCUCUGUGCAACAGCAAAAGCAGAUAACUCAACAAGUUACCGUCCAGGCUCAGCAACAACAACAGGCCCAACAGCAGAAGUUGACCUACGCUACUCAGCCAGCCAUUAAAACACAAUUCCUCACCACGCCUAUCACUCAGACUCAGAAGUCACCUGGUGCCCAACAAGUACAGGCACAGAUUCAGGUCCAGUCGCAGACUGUUACACUGACCCAGGCAACAGCGUCAGGUCAACAGCAGGUGCAAGUGUUACCAGCGGGUUCAACAGCAGCCCAAGUGGUGCAGCAGAAGAUUCUUCAGCAGCAGCAGCAGGUGGUGGCAGCUGCAUCACCACAGCUUCAAACCCCAUCCAACCAGAGCCCAGUGCCAACUUCAGGCACUGCAGAGGCGCAAAACCAGCAAGCAAAGCUCCAAGUCAGAGCAUCGACUGUCCGCAUCAAAACUCCCACUAAACCUAGCUGAGAAACCAAGAGGAAUGAAGAAAAGUUCAGGAGUGCACAUUCAGAUAACUUCCCAUAGAAAUCCUCAUACUAAGCACCUCUCAAUAACAUCUAGUAUUGUGUCUUUUAUGUCUCAUUCAUCUGUUGAGAUUGUUGUUUAGAAAAAGGGAUAUAAAGAAAAGGCAAUGCCAAUCCUGCUCCUCCCAAGAAGAUGUCACAAACUAGAAGUCCUGACUUGGGAAUGGACGAUGGUUCUCAGACGAAAAGGAAUGUAAAGGAACUUUUUUUCCCCCCUUUUUUUAAGUACUCUUUUGGCAUUUUAUGUUCUUAGCUAUGUUGGGAUUACUUUUUGCUUUUCAAGUUUAACAUUUCAGUUUUCUAAAAAGGGAAGAUACAAAAAAAUGGGAUAUUCAGUGACAUCACUGAAUGCUUGUCCGCAAUCCAUGACGUUUGUAUGGCAGGUAAAGCUUUAAGCAUCUGAUUGAUGCUCCGAAGUGAUUGAUGUUUCAAAAUUAAUAUUCCCAAGUGGUAAAAAUCUUUGUGUACGUGAAUGACUCUUUGUGAAGCUUCACUAAAGGCAGGUACUAGGAGACAUGAAUCCAGCUGCAUUGCCAGUGUCUGUCCUGGCCUAAGACAUUGUGCUACAGUGUGCACAGAAUUACUGUAGCUGCUCCAGUAUGGUUAUAUUGUGUGGAAUCCCACUAAAGUGCUGUAUACAGAUUUACAGCACAUCCUGAUGUUACUUUUUGUUGUUUUGCACUUUUUAUUCUCCCAUUUAGUUCAGUUUUACAUCAACAUAAUUGUAUGUUUUGUGUUUUUUUUUUUUUUUUUACUUUUUAAAUAAUCAACUUGUGCACUUUUGGGAAUAUCUGAUCUUACCAAUAGACCUUCAUGGUUUAAUGUAAGGAAAGUAUGGCUUAGAUGACCUUAACUUUAGUCCAGUCAGUGUAUAAUAAUAGUUGGACUGUGUAGUGGGUGCUAUGACAGGAAUGGGCGCUCUGCUGUGCAGUUAGCACUCCAAAGAUGGCAGAGGUUUUCCACGCAGCCAGAUAUUUGGGGAUCUUUAAAAGCUGCUUAGUUUCCUUUACAACUUUAAAGUGACCUCCAAUUACAUCUAAAACUACUAUAGUACAGGAGGGGGCUCAAUAAUCGUUCUUAUAAAUAACUUGUAUUUCAGAUUCUUCUAAGUAGUAUCAUGGACUGUAGGCUGCUCAUAUGUAUGCAUUAGGAGCUAGAGCAUUAGGAGCUAGAGCAACAUGCCCCGGCUCCUUAGCCAGGGAACCAGUGCUGUAGUGUGAUUCUACAGCACUGGUUCCUCUACUGGAUAUGGGGGCCUAGGAAGGACAGCAGGGCGUUCUGUCUCCGACUACAUAGAUAUGAGCAACCCCCAGCUGCUCUUUGCAACUACUUAGAAGCAGAAUUUGCUAUCGUGCGCACUCCUGCACUAUAAUCAUUUUGCUAUAUAUCUGGAGUUCACUUUAAAGUGAUGUAAUUUGGAGCUUAAAAAUAAAUAUAUACUAAUGAAUUUAUUUUACUGUGGAUGGGGCUUCACAGUUCCAUCAUUAAAGGGGUUUUCAGAGUGUUUUAUUGGGAUGUUCUAUGCUCAUCGUAGAUCAUCAGUAUGUGAUCAGUGCAGGUCCGACUCCUGACACCGUCCCCCCUCCCUCCCUGAUCGGCUGUUUAACGAGACUGCAGCCUCCUCACCUCUGACCAAGCACAGCACCGUCCAUUGGAUAGUGGCUGUGCUUAGUAUUGCAGCUCAGCCCCAUUAAAGGGGUUUUCAGAGUGUUUUAUACUGAUGACCUAUCUUCAUUGUAGGUCAUCAGUAUGUGAUCAGUGCAGGUCUGACUCCUGACACCCCCCUCUCCCUCCUUGAUCGGCUGUUUGACGAGACUGCGGCCUUCUCAUCCACCAAGCACACCACAGUCCAUUAGAUAGUGGCUGUGCUUAGUAUUGCAGCUCAGACCCAUUCACUUGAAUGUGACUGAAUUGUGCCUAGGCCACGUGACCCAUGAACGUGACGUCACUGGCCUAGGAACAGUUCAACUCAACAGUUGAUCGGCGGCGCUACCAGGAGACGGACCCCCACAAUAUCCUGGGGAUAGGUCAUCAGUAUUAAACAUAACCCCUUUAAGCUGUAAAUGACCCAUCUAGGAAGUGAAAUGGAAUCUGUUUCCAGGUUUACGUUGCCCUUCCUGAGGGCAGCUUAAAUAGUGUCAGAGACCUACAUUAUAGCAGGAUGACUUUGAUACUUUGUUUUGUGCAGCAGUUUUCUUAAAAUCACUGAUAGGGCUCAUUCACACCACUGUAUGAAUGGGUCUGUAUCUGUUCCACAAUUUUGUGCAAAGCAUGUGGACCCAUUCAUUUCAAUGGAGCCGCAAAAGAUGCGGC